AAAAUCAGUUAAAUUUGUGAUUUGAACGUAGUCAAAUACGAUUAUUGAUUCAUUAGCAGAUUCUGGUGUGAAUAAUGUUGAUUAACAUGAAGUUGAAUGUGUUCAUUUUGUUUUGUAUUCUGCAUUCAAUCGCAGGCGGAUUGAUUCCAAGCGCUAAUGUCGAUUCUUACAUUGUUGGUGGUAAAAAUGCAUCCGAUGGCCAGGCUCCGUACCAAUGUUCUCUAGAGUAUAAAGGGAAGCAUAACUGUGGCUGUGUAAUAAUUUCCGAUCAAUGGCUUCUCACGUGUGCACAUUGUCUCGGAAGUGGAAUUAAGGAUGCGACUGUUUUAGUUGGGACAAAUGACCUCGAAUCAGGUGGAGUUCGUUAUACGCCCCGUAAAUACAUAAAGCAUGAAAGGUUUAAUGAGUCACCAUUGUCCCAUGACGUCGGUUUAUUGCAAAUAGAUCAAAUUGAGUUCAGUGAAAAAGUUCAACCGAUCAAAUUCACAUCAAACUAUGUUCAAGCAGGUGCUGAACUGCAAGCUUUCGGUUGGGGACGAUUAAAUACAACUGGACCAAUGUCACAAUUUCUGCAAACAGUCAAAUUGACCGCUAUCACUCAUGACGAAUGUAAAUCAAAAGUGUACAUGAUAGCCAUUUGUGUACAUUUACAAAAGAAGGCGAAGGAAUCUUCAAUCAAAAUUUCUGUGACAAAUUUUGGUGGAAAGAUUUUGAUUAAUAAUAUGAAUUUGAAAGUGUUCAUUUUGUUUUGUGUUCUGAAUUCAAUAUCAGGCGGAUCGAUUCCGAACGUGAAUGUUGGAUAUCAUGAUCCAUUCAUUGUUGGCGGUGAGAAUGCAAGAGACGGCCAGGCUCCGUAUCAAUGCUCAAUUCAAAAGAACGGCAGACAUUUCUGCGGGUGUGCCAUCAUAAACGAACAGUGGAUCUUAACAGCCGCUCAUUGUAUCGUCAGUGGCAUGUGGAACUAUGCAACCGUUUUAGUUGGAACCAAUGACCUGAAAUCGGGAGGAGUUCGUUACGAAGUUCAAGAACAUAUAGUACACGAAGAGUAUCAGUCACCGUCUAGAUAUGCACACGAUAUCGGCCUUGUUAGAGUGGAGAAAAUGAAGUUCACAAAAAAAGUUCAACCAAUCAAGUAUACAUCAAAUUAUGUGGAAUCAGGUGCGGCACUUAAAAUCUUUGGUUGGGGAAUGUUGGGUGAAUCUUCGAGUUACCCUGAAGUUUUGCAAACAAUCAAUACAACCGCACUUUCUCAAGACGAAUGCAAAAAAAAUGUAAAUAUUAUUCACGAUAGCCAUUUGUGUACAUUCACAAAAAAGGGAGAGGGCGCUUGUUUUGGUGAUUCGGGAGGCUCGCUUGUCUUGGGUGACGAAUUAGUUGGUUUGGUCAACUUUGGAAUACCAUGCGCUGUCGGGUAUCCGGACGGUUUCGCAAGAAUUUCAUACUUUUAUGACUGGAUCGAAUCAAAGAUUAACCCGUCAACGUGAAUACGCCUGACCACAACUUUUUGGAAUUUUAAUAAAAUUGAAAUAAUAAUGAAUGAUUAUUGAGCAAACAUAAAUAUUAAAUAUUGUUGUUUUUUAAACGUAAUAAAGAUUUCCAGCAUGCAAAAUUGAAA